AUGGAACUGUGGCUAAUAUGUUUGGGGCUUUUCCUACGGCUGGUGAACGUGCUGUUGAAGCCGAUCGUCGCGUUUGUCGGUGGCACCAAACGGACCACCCCGUUCCCGGAGAUCCGUAACGAUAUGCUGAACAUUCCGGCGGUUGACCUGGCCGAGCGGAUACGCAACAAGGAGCUCCGUUCGGAGGAUGUGGUACGGGCGUACAUCGAGCGGAUUCGCGAGGUUAACCCACUGAUCAAUGCCGUGGUGGAGGAACGCUUCGAGGCGGCCAUCGAGGAGGCCCGCAAGGCGGACGUACUGAUCGGCGACACGCAGCCACUCUGGCUGAUCAAGAACUAUCCCCUGCUGGGCGUACCGUUCACGGUGAAGGAAUCCUGUGGACUACGGGGCGCCCCCAUCACCGGCGGCUCGUUGGCUCGCAAGGAUCGGCGGGCGACGGCGGACGGAGAGGCGGUGGCACUGCUGCGGACGGCCGGGUGCAUCCCGCUGCUCGUCUCCAACACGCCCGAGUACUGUCUGAACUGGGAGUCAUACAACCACAUCACCGGAAGGACGCUCAAUCCGUACGACUCGCGGCGCACGGCUGGCGGGUCGUCGGGGGGCGAGGGUGCCCUUAUCGGGGCCGGUGCAUCCCUGUUCGGCGUGGGCAGUGAUGUGGCCGGAUCGAUCCGGGUGCCGGCACACUUCAACGGGAUCUUCGGCCACAAGCCAACGGCAGGCGCCAUCUCGAUCCACGGUCACUUUCCGAUGUCGACGGACGAAAAGUUCGCCCGUUUGCUGACAGUCGGUCCGAUGUCGCGGUACGCCAAGGAUCUGCCGACUCUGCUGCACAUCAUGGCUGGUCAAAAUGCUUCCCGACUGCGCCUAGACGAGGUCGUCUGCACGAAAGACAUCCGGAUUUACUACGCCGACGAUAUGGGCUUCAACCCGGGCCAUGUGCCCGUCGACGACGACAUCAAGAUGGCCCUGUACCGAGCGGUGCAGUACUUCAAGGGUCACGGUCUCGCAACGGAGCGAGCCGAUUUUGAGUACCUACCGGAGGGAAUGGAGCUGGCGUUCAGUGUCCUGCAGUCACUCGAGGACGUUCCGAGCAUCUUCCACCAUCCGGACAACCCGAAGGCGACACCCAGUUUGCCCCUGGAGCUGCUUCGAUGUGCCCUCGGUCAGUCCCGGUACAGCCUCGCCGGUGUCAUGUUCUAUGUGAUAUUCGCACUGAGGCACUUCUUCUCCGCCGACCGUCUCGACACGUACCUCGACCGGGCGUCCAAACUGCGCGAACAGAUGAUCGAGACACUCGGCACAGACGGUGUGCUGUUCUUCCCGACCUACCCCACAGCCGCCCUGCGUCACUACGAGUCCUUCGGGCACAUCAUGGGCGUCGGGUACACGAUGCUUUUCAACGCACUCGGACUUCCGGCGACGCACGUUCCACUCGGUUUCGACCGGAAUGGGCUUCCGAUCGGCAUUCAGAUCGUGGCAGCUCCCUACCAAGAUCGACUGGGACUGUGCAUAGCGCGUGAGCUGGAAGCGGCCUUUGGUGGUUGGCAGGCACCAAAAUGAAACCGGUAGGGGGGAUUACACAAACAACCGCAUCGGUUUUCUUUAGCUCCAGUGUCUAUCCCUAUCGCCGCCAUCACUGUUGGGUUCUAGGUUAGUCUACUUAACUACUUGCAUCGAUUGAAGCCAUUCGUUCCUUGCGCCGUAGAGCAAUACGCGCUGAAUGUUGCGUUUGUUUC